CGCCCACUCCCGUCGGUCUCCUGGCGGCGGCGGCUUUGUCUCCCGGGUAGGGCUCCCUCCCCCAGCCGCUGUCCGGGGAGGAAGCGGUGGAGCUGUCCAGCAUCCCGGUGCUGAAAGCCGGCACGCCGGCGCGGCUCCACCAUGUAAGGGCCAUGCCCAGGCUCGCCCUGGCGCAGCGAGGACAUGGAGGAGGACCUGUUCCAGCUCAGGCAGUUGCCGGUGGUGAAAUUCCGCCGCACAGGAGAGAGCGCGAGGUCAGAGGAUGACGUGGCUUCCGGAGAGCAUGACGUUCAGAUCGAGGGGGUCCGAGUGGGCCUAGAAGCAGUUGAGCUGGAUGAUGGGGCUGCUGUGCCCAAGGAGUUUGCCAAUCCCACUGAUGACACUUUCAUGGUGGAAGAUGCGGUGGAAGCUAUUGGGUUUGGAAGAUUUCAGUGGAAACUCUCUGUUCUCACUGGCUUGGCUUGGAUGGCCGACGCCAUGGAGAUGAUGAUCUUGAGCAUCCUGGCGCCUCAGCUGCACUGUGAGUGGCGACUCCCCAGCUGGCAGGUGGCACUGCUGACUUCGGUGGUGUUCAUCGGCAUGAUGUCCAGUUCCACGCUCUGGGGAAACAUCUCAGAUCAGUACGGCAGGAAAACAGGGCUGAAGAUCAGUGUGCUCUGGACCCUGUACUACGGCGUCCUCAGUGCUUUUGCGCCUGUGUAUAGUUGGAUCCUGGUGCUCCGAGGCCUGGUGGGCUUUGGGAUCGGAGGUGUGCCCCAGUCGGUGACGCUGUAUGCUGAGUUUCUUCCCAUGAAAGCCAGAGCCAAGUGCAUUUUGCUGAUAGAGGUCUUCUGGGCCAUCGGGACGGUGUUUGAAGUCCUCCUGGCGGUGUUCGUGAUGCCCAGCCUGGGCUGGCGCUGGCUGCUAAUGCUCUCGGCUGCCCCGCUGCUCCUCUUUGCUGUUCUGUGCUUCUGGCUGCCAGAGAGUGCUAGAUAUGACGUGCUGUCUGGAAACCAGGAGAAGGCAAUUGCCACCUUAAAGCGGAUAGCAACGGAAAAUGGAGCCCCCAUGCCUCUGGGAAAGCUCAUCAUCUCCAGACAGGAAGACAGAGGCAAAAUGAGGGAUCUUUUUACACCCCACUUUCGCUGGACAACUCUCCUGCUGUGGUUUAUAUGGUUUUCCAAUGCCUUUUCUUAUUACGGCUUGGUUCUGCUCACCACGGAACUCUUCCAGGCGGGAGAUGUCUGCAGCAUCUCCAGCCGGAAGAAGGCGGUGGAAGCCAAGUGCAGCUUGGCCUGUGAGUACCUGAGCAAGGAGGAUUACAUGGACCUACUGUGGACCACCCUGUCUGAGUUCCCAGGUGUCCUUGUGACUCUGUGGGUCAUUGACCGCCUGGGCCGCAAGAAGACCAUGGCCUUGUGUUUCCUCGUCUUCUCCCUCUGCAGCCUCCUACUGUUCGUCUGCAUUGGAAGAAAUGUGCUCACCCUCUUACUCUUCAUUGCAAGAGCAUUUAUUUCCGGAGGCUUCCAAGCAGCCUACGUUUACACGCCUGAGGUGUACCCCACGGCGACGAGGGCACUGGGCCUGGGCACCUGCAGCGGCAUGGCGAGAGUGGGUGCCCUCAUUACUCCGUUCAUUGCUCAGGUGAUGCUGGAAUCUUCUGUGUACCUGACCUUGGCCGUCUACAGUGGCUGCUGCCUCCUAGCUGCUGUGGCCUCCUGCUUUUUGCCCAUCGAGACCAAAGGCCGAGGACUACAGGAGUCCAGCCACCGGGAGUGGGGCCAGGAGAUGGUUGGUCGAGGGACCAGCAAUGCAGACGUCCCCAGGUCGAACUCUGGCUCUCAGGAAUAAGAACCCUGGGAGCUGAGCUGGUCUUGAGGUUAGGGAGCUGGCAGAGCCCAGCUGGGCCACUUAUGGUCACUGCCGACAUCAAGAACUUACCCAAGCGGGUGAUGUGGACCGACAGGGUUUUGCGUCUUCACUGUGUUUGGGCAUGUUCGUCAAGGGUCACCCAUCCCGGGAAGGCGGGGUGGCAUUCGCUCCUGGGGAAGGAUCUGCAUGGGGAAAGUGCUAAUGUGGGAGGGUCCCAGGAAGCUCAGGGCCAGCGGAGCAGAUGUCAUAUAGUUACCCAGUCACACACUUGGAGAGCCACUGCCCACCCAAAGAUCUCCAUAGAUACAGUCCAGGCCCAGACCCCUGUGACACCUGCCAUUUUGUCCAGUAGGUAUCUUCUGCACCCUGGCCCCAGGCUUUCUUUGGAAUUAAGGUGAGCUAGUGUCUGGCUUAUGCAGCUUUUCUGGAGUCAGAGAUGCCCUCUGCUUCCUUGCCUGGGCCCCUCUAGAUGUCUCUCCAGGGCCUUCCAGGUGGAAGCUAGCAGAGGAACGGGCAUUUGAAUUUGAGCCAAGCAGCCUCCACCUGGCCCCCUCCCUCUGGAGUUGCCGUCCCCGGCUGCAGAGGGUCCUGAUAAGCCUCUGAGGAGAAGAACUGGGUGCCUACCGGGCAAUAACCUCAGAAAGCUGUUACCCCAUUCCCCGACCUGGAAACUGGAGACUGAGGCCUAGCUGAGGGGAAACUCAAGCCCAAAGCCAGAGUCUGCUGAAAGAGUGAAGGGUUUUCUGAGCCCUCUGCUUUGGCUCCCUCCUCAGCCCUCCUCAGCCCUCCUCAGCCCUCCUCAGCUCCCUCCUCAGCCAAGUCCUGGUUUACUCAGGCUUCAGGGUUGUGCUGUGUACAGAUGGCUGCACAGACUGAGGGAUCUCCAUGGGAAGCUCCCGCUGCAGGCCCACUCUGUCUUGGGACCAGCAGCCCAUUGCCCCUUCCGGGCCUGCCUCCGCAUUCACGCAUGGCUCCUCUGUCAAGAGCAGCCCUGGUCCUACAGAGGUAGGCCCUGGGAGGACACCCUGGCACAAGGUUCAGAAAAGUCCUUGUCAGAGGGGAGGGGAAGCCAUUUUCGUGGCCUCGGAUAGAAGGACCAGAGGUAGAUCUCGGCAGUCCGUGUGUACUCCCAGAUUCCGGAACCCACGAGCCUUCCCCUGAGAUUCAGGAAGGAAACACACGGAGGAAGGAAGCUUGCAGGCCCCACCAAAGGCCAGAGGAGACCAUCCUACCGCCUGAUGCACACAGGAAGCAGUCAAUGUGCGUUGUGCAUUCAUCUUAUUAAAACGUUGGUGACAGACA